AACACUACCGGAACUCACUUCUGUUAAAAUGUACUUCAGCAGUGUGUUCUUGUUGCUACUAGGCUCCUAUGUCUGUUUGAUCAACGGUCUAGGCGGCAGUAGUAGCGAAGGUAACGAUUAUACGUGGGGUACUAAAUUAACAACUGAUACCCUGAUUGCACGCGAGGUCAUAACUAAAACAAAGAUGCUGCUGCAAACCACAACUAAAACAUAUACGCUGACCCAGGCGGGCACCGCCAAAACUAUAAGUUAUAUACACAUUACGGAUCUAAAACGCAUGCGCGGUGCAACUGCGGAGAUCACUUCUGGCGGUGUAGGUGACACGACAGUGACAAUCAAAUUUACUUCUUUAAGAGGAUCCGGAAUUAAAUCUCAAGUGGAAAUAUAUGGAGCAUGAUCGAAUGAUAAACUCUAUGGUAAAAUAUCUCACUAAUAGUUAUUUUUCCGCGAUGAUCUUACACAUUUUAAGUGUAUUGAGUAGAUUAGACAAGGCUUAGUUAGUUUUUUGUUC